AUGACAUUAGAAGUAGCGUUGUACAUUCAACUUGCCAUAACAUUUUACUUUGUAUGGAUACCUCUUCUAGCUGUACGUGCCUACUCCUCCUAUAGCCACUACGUGGUGAGAGGUGCUCCGCUGUGUAACAGUCGGAGAGCCUGGUUCUUAGAAAUAUUAGCCGCUUUCAUUGAGUCGUAUUUCUGGAGUGCAACGAUGGAGUCACUAAUUGUUGAAGAUAAAACCGAACCCACACCUCCCGUAGACAGAGAAAAGACGUGUCCACUGUUACUGAGAGUGUUUUGCAACACUGGCCGUCAUCACCCCCUGGGCGAAUAUGUGCGAGGAAAUGUUCCGUCAAAUGAACUGCAGAUAUACACAUGGAUGGAUGCAACACUGAAAGAACUUACUAGCCUUGUAAAGGAAGUAAAUCCAGAAGCCCGAAGAAAAGGGACGUACUUUGAUUUUGCCAUCAUCUACCCAAAUCCGACACGGCCUGGAUACAGAACAAAAGAAAUUGGGACAACCUGUUCAGGACAGAAAGGGGCGGAUGACAGUGUCACGCUGGCUUCCAAGCGCUUUCAAGUUGGUGACUAUCUCAGCAUUGCUAUCACACCCCCGUCCCGUGGUCCGCCAAGACGGAUGGAUCGAAUGGAUCGCAUGAGGCCCUAUUAGCCUCUAUACAUAUUCGAAGUGAACGCGAAACUUAAGCAGUCUAUUUAUAUUCCCUUUCAUUUGUUUACUUCACCACAUUAUUAGUACUGUGUCUGUCACACAUAAAUGUUGCAUGGUAAAUCAGGUAACAUUAACCGAAUCUAUAAAUAAUUGUACAGAUUGGUUACACCGAUCACACAUUGUGGUUUCAACGUAUUAAUGAUGUUUUGACCAUUUUAUGUAUGUUGGUUAGAAAUGGCUGUGCACCACUGGGUUAGAACAUGUACCACCUAUAAACAACAGGUGCUGCCAACUAAGCAAACAUUAUUUAAGCCAUUCCUUCAUAGUGUAGAACUACACUAUAACUUUCUGAAUACUAAUCUUAUUCAAUAUAUAGUAAGUAUUUUAUAUUUGCCAUUGUCUUCUAUUUUUAGGUGAAAUUGCAGGUGUACACCAAUGACAGUGUUAUCUGUCAUAGUAACGGUUUAAGCUGUUAUCUACUAGCUGGCAGCACAGCACUCGGUGGGGGCUUAUUGAAUUUUUACACGUUGAAAUAAUAGUAAAAAAGGUCUUCUGAAGCCUACAGCAUUUGUUACAAAUACGUAAACGGGGCCUCUCUUUUCUGUCUGAGAAUCGUGUCAUAGUUGAUUCUUUUGGUGCAAGGUUGCUACGUGACAUUUCUAAAAUAAUAUUUAGAUUACCGUUUUAAUUGCGAGUAUAAUAACAUGUUUUUUACUUCACCGUGAAUGUAGAUUUGUAAGUAAUGUUUUCUUUAAUGUCAUAACAGCUUGGUAAUACUGCUUUCACCUGGUCAUGCAUUCCAGUCAAAUUAAUAUAAUCCACUACACUAGUGUUUGGUGCUUGUGUUGUAAUGGAUAAGGUGGCUGUAAUGAAAUUUUUCUAUUGUGUUUGCCCCUACACCAUUCUCUUCAUAAUUGACAAGAGAUUACUUUGGGAUGGCACGGGACAUUCCAACGUAAAUUAUUUCCAAUAAAUAGGUCAGAGGAAGCUGUAUGUGAAUCAGUAGUAAUUCAGUAUGCCGCAAUAUGUAAUCUAACCAUUAUAACAGUUAUAUAUAGUACAACUAUGAGUUCCACAAGGAACAGCUGUCAAAUUGUUUUUUGUUGUCGUGAUGAGAAAUUCUAUUACCCACGUUAGUAUUUGCUCAUACUCCUUAAUUUGCUAAUAUAUUUCUAUUAUUUCCGGCAGCACACAGCUAAAAGUAAACCUAAUCAUAUUCAUAACCUAUUGGGAAAGGUGUUUUUAAUUAUGGUGCAGAUGCUCAGCCAAUAUACUCUGAAGCCAUUUUCAGAUAUCAAUAUAUAUUACUUAUCUCUGUACUACAUAGCACAUGCAGUAUUAUGAAAGGAUAAGUGUACGUGUAGUUUUUUAUGAAAAAAAAAUUGUGCAAAAAUUGAAAUGUUUUGACUUUGUGUUUGUGCAUGCUUUAGUUGUGUUAACAGCAUAACAGAGAGCUUUCUCCAUUUGUCAAUCUGAGAGCUAUUGUCAGGAACCUUGUAAGUAAUAAUUACAUCAUAAGUCGAGAAGGUCAUAAUUUUCAAGUAAAGUGUUGUGCAACAGUUGUGGCAUUUUAGACUAAUGAUAGUCAUAACAACUUAUCAUGUUUCUGACAACAGGCUUCCAGUCUCUAUUUGUCGUUUACUUUUCUGAUUACAUCUUUUUCUCCAACCGUUUUCGUGGUUGGAUGACUCAUGAUAAAGGGUUAAUAUUUUCCUGCAUGUAUGAAAUUCAGUACUCUGUAACAUCUGCCAAGUGUUGACAUUCCGUCUUUUUCUGAUGCUCGUUGUGGCUUGACUAUUUGUUUCUUUAACAAGGUUAAAACCUUACACCACCCACUUCGUGAUGUGUUUGUGUGGUUUGUAAUCAAUCGGUUAUUCGAUAAAUCGCCCACAAAAUGUAUAAUUAUUUCGUAGUCAAUGAUUUGCACUUGACAUGUACAUCAAAGUUUUCCAUGUUUUUUUUUAUAAAAUUAAAUUUAUUUUGUAAACAUUUACUGUUGACAGUAAUUCAUAACAGAGUUACAUGACAAACAUUAAACUAAAGGAUUUCAAUUGUACUGUUGAAAGAAAGAUUUUCUUACCCUAGUAAGAAUUUACAUGUUUCUCACACAUAUAUACCCGAAUGUACUUGCACAGCAAAUAGCAAGUAGGUAUACUACCUAAUACAAUGGAGUUUACAGUAUA